CAACGCCGCUUCCCCUCCCCUCGCACGCUCAGACAAUCCCUGGGCGUGCAGGAGGGCUGCGGCUGGGAAGGAGCUUCCCUGCUCCCAGAGGCGCCCGGAUCCCGACGCUUUUCUGUGGCUUUCCCACCCGGACAGCCCCGGGACACCGCAGCGUAACGCGUGAGAGCCCCCUGAUCACCGGUUUGCCGUCGCGCCCUGGCUAUGCGCCGUGCCGGGCACUUCCCACCCCACAGCCCCCGGUGAGCGGGGAAGGAGCCUGAGCCUCCUCCAGGUCGGGUGACUCUGGUCUCCCCCGGCUGCCAUGGAUUGGAAAACGCUGCAGGCGCUGCUCAGCGGGGUCAACAAGUACUCCACAGCCUUCAGCCGCAUCUGGCUCUCCGUGGUCUUUGUCUUCCGUGUGCUGGUCUACGUGGUGGCGGCGGAGCGCGUCUGGGGCGACGAGCAGAAGGACUUCGACUGCAACACGAGGCAGCCGGGCUGCACCAACGUGUGUUAUGACCACUUCUUCCCCGUCUCCCACAUCCGCCUCUGGGCCUUGCAGCUCAUCUUUGUCACUUGUCCUUCCCUCCUGGUCAUCAUGCACGUGGCCUACCGGGAGGACCGCGAGAGGAAGAACCGGGAGAAGAACGGAGAGAAUUGCCCCAAGCUUUACAGCAACACGGGCAAGAAGCACGGCGGGCUGUGGUGGACCUACCUGUUCAGCCUCUUCUUCAAGCUUGUCAUAGAGAUCCUGUUCCUCUACCUCCUCCACAAGAUGUGGGACAGCUUCGAUUUGCCACGGCUGGUCAAAUGCGCCAACGUGGAUCCCUGUCCCAACACCGUGGACUGCUACAUCGCUCGGCCAACCGAGAAAAGGGUCUUCACCUAUUUCAUGGUCGGAGCCUCCUCCAUCUGCAUCGUCCUCACCGUCUGUGAGAUCUUCUACCUCAUCUUCAAGCGAGUUGUCCAGAGGGCAAGGAAGUGGAGGAAAUCCACCAAGCACUCUGUCAGCUACAGCAAGGCCUCCACCUGCCACUGCCACGUCAAGUCAGAGGAGAAGGACAGGUCCCAGCCUAGAGAAGAGCUGUGAGCUCACCCAUCCCAGCCGCUUCACAUUCCCCUCAACUUGGCUUUUCCAGCCUGACAAAUCCUCAAACCCUCAAGAGUCGACCCGUGUGAAAAAAUGACUAAACCCAACAAAAUAAUGUCCCUGGAGAGAGACCCAAGGUGCCUGAGCAGACACAGGUAAGGCAAGGAUAGCCCUGGAGCUCUGCACAGAUCCUCCAUGUCCAGCAGUUUCUCUUGGGUCCUGCUGCUCCCAUGCUGGGUGUGAGUGCACGCAGCUGGUGCCCAGGCAGGGCUGGUGU